AUGGCGAAUCCGAGCACAGUCCUUGUCACCGGAGCUGGUGGUAGAACCGGCCAAAUCGCUUAUAAGAAAUUGAAGGAAAGGUCAGACCAGUAUAUUGUUAGAGGUUUGGUCAGAAAUGAGGAGAGCAAGGAGAAAAUUGGCGGAGCAGAAGAUGUUUACAUUGGGGAUAUAAGGAAUGCUGACAGCAUUGUUCCUGCAAUCCGAGGUAUUGAUGCUCUUAUAAUUCUCACUAGUGCUGUGCCAAAAAUGAAGCCUGGUUUUGAUCCAAGUAAAGGUGGAAGGCCUGAGUUUUAUUUUGAGGAUGGAGCAUAUCCUGAACAAGUUGACUGGAUUGGACAGAAGAAUCAAAUAGAUGCUGCUAAAGCUGCUGGAGUGAAGCAAAUCAUUCUAGUUGGGUCAAUGGGAGGAAUGAACCCUAAUCACCCUCUAAACAGCCUGGGGAAUGGGAAUAUCUUGAUCUGGAAGCGAAAAGCUGAACAGCAUUUGGCUGACUCUGGAAUCCCAUACACAAUUAUAAGGGCUGGAGGCUUGCAAGAUAAGGAAGGUGGUAUACGGGAGUUACUUGUUGGAAAGGAUGAUGAGCUUCUUCAGACCCAAACAAAAACUAUUGCCAGGGCUGAUGUGGCGGAAGUCUGCAUUCAGGCUCUACAAUUUGAGGAGGCCAAAUGUAAGGCGUUUGAUCUGGCCUCAAAGCCCGAAGGAACUGGCACGGCAACAACUGAUUUCAAGGCUCUAUUUUCCCAAAUUACUGCUCGUUUCUGA